ACCUCCAUGCUCCUCCAUUCGACGGACACUCGGUCUUCCUCUCCCAUUCAUUCACAACUCAAGUUACUCGAGCCCUCGACAGCCGCCAUCGCCAAUUCUCCGUCUCUGUCUCUGUCUCCCUCUGGCGACUUGCGAGUUGCGACCACCAUCACCAUCUUCUCCUCCCAACCGCGACUACCCCAUCACCGCCGUCUAGAACACCAGCAUCAUUCUGCGAAUCGAAAUCGACCACUUUCAUCUCAUCUUCUCUCCCAAAUUAAGUUUUGUGCCCUUGAUUGAACAAUGGGGUCGUCUUCAACCACGGCUGUUCCACAAAUGCAGGAAAUUAUGCUGGAGUUUCGCGCUGGUAAGAUGGUUUUUGAGGGGAAAAAGGUUGCUCCUGAUACUCGUAGAGGACUUGUUCGCAUAGCAAGGGGUGAUGAGGGGUUGGUGCAUUUUCAGUGGCUUGAUCGUAGUCUAAAUGUUGUGGAAGAUGAUCAGAUUAUAUUUCCUGACGAGGCAGUUUUCGAAAAGGUUAAUCAAGUGUCAGGAAGGGUCUACAUAUUGAAGUUCACCACCGAUGACAGGAAGUUUUUCUUUUGGAUGCAGGAGCCUAAAGCUGAAGGUGACUCACAGUUGUGUAGCUCUGUUAAUUACUACCUCAAUCGACCAUUAGCAGAGUUCCUUGACGAAGAAGGGCCUGAUGGUUCUAUUCCCUUACAAGUUUCUGAAGAUAUGGUUGAUGAUGAUAUUUCAUCAAGAGCUGGAAUCUUGCUGGAACCAAACUUGGGUGGGGAAGUAAGUAGCGAUGUAACUUCUUCAGCUGGCCCAGUGAAAUUGGAAGAUCUUCAAAGAAUCUUAAGUAACAUUGAGCCAGCAGAUAGGGCUGUGGAUACAGAUGAAGGCUUGAGUUUGGAGGAUAUAUUCAAACCCGAGUUGAUUAUGCCAUUGAUUGAGACAUUGCCACUGGAACAGGGUUUAGGUUCUUACUUACCUGAGGGUCAAUGGUCUCCUGACGAUGUAUUGGAGUUGCUGCAGAGUCCACCUUUCCGCCAACAAAUGGAUUCAUUUGCUUAUGUACUUCGAACAGGACAGAUAGAUUUGACGCAGUUUGGUAUUGACCCAAGUAAAUACAAGUUCACUGUAUUGUCCUUUCUUGAGGCGCUUGAUGAUUCGGUUUCAAAGACGUCAGAGUCUGAGGAGUCGAGGCAAGACAGGAAGGAUUUAAGAUCUGAAUCUUGUAACCGUAAUGACCCCAUGGAUGAGUCCAAGUAGUGGAGGCACUUGUUUAUGCGUUCUUGUUAAAUUUAUCCUUGUUUUAUUUGUAGGACUUUAAUGUGUAGGACAUCAAUCUGGUUGUCUUGUAAACUCUGUAUACAUGGUUCAAGAAAGAAAAGGAGCAAGAAAAAGGAUUAGUGUUGAUCUUUGUUUA